AUGGGUUGCUGCCUUAGUGCAGAAGAUCAAGAGGGGAAGAGGAAGAACGAUGAGAUUGAUAAUCAGCUCAAGAAAGACAAGAUGUUAAUGCGAAAUGAAAUUAAAAUGCUUCUAUUAGGCGCUGGAGAGUCUGGAAAAUCAACCAUUCUUAAGCAAAUGAAGCUUAUUCAUGAGGGUGGUUAUUCGGAUGAAGAACGAGAUUCAUUUAAAGAAAUCAUCUUUUCAAAUACUGUCCAAUCUAUGCGAGUCAUAUUGGACGCUAUGGAAAUGAUGAACAUUCCGUUUCGCAGCGAAGAUGCUAAGAAACAGUCAUUGAUAAUUCUUGGUCUACCAAAUCAAAUAGAAGGUGAUCAUUUGCCUUCUAAUGUUUCACAUGCUAUCAAAGUUCUAUGGGCUGAUGGUGGUGUACAAGAGUGCUUUAAUCGAUCCAGGGAAUACCAAUUAAAUGAUUCUGCUAAAUAUUACUUUGAUUCAAUUGAUCGAAUUUCUCAGACCAAUUAUGUCCCAACCAAUCAAGAUGUAUUACGGUCGCGUGUAAAGACCACCGGUAUUACUGAAACUACAUUCUUCAUUGGUGAACUAACUUAUCGUAUGUUCGAUGUUGGUGGUCAACGUUCAGAGCGUAAGAAAUGGAUUCAUUGUUUUGAGAAUGUAACUGCCAUAGUGUUCUUAGUUGCCAUUUCCGAAUAUGAUCAAUUAUUACUUGAAGAUGAGACCGUG